ACGGGCUCUCGUGAACACGUUCGUGGAUCAUCGGAUUAUCAAAUCGAGGGAAGAUUUUUUAUUUACGCUCUCGUUUGACAUAUAUUCUUGCAUCGCUCAGUCAACGAAACCUCUUGAUAUGUGCGGUGUGUGUAAAAUAAAUACGUUAACUUUAAUGUGACUUACGGUUCCAAUUUUAAAUGUACAAUUAAAGCGUCCGAUAUAAUUUUAUAAAAUGGAUAACAUCGAAUUAUUAUUUUUCGAUACUUUUUCCCACGACAUAUCCGAGGAGCUCAACUUAGAUUUGGUACAAUUUCCUAAACCAGUUUACAUAAGUGAGGUUAGGAUAAUACCGCUAGGUGCGCGUGUACAAGCCGAUUUUCCUGGCGGCGUUCGACUCGGCGCCACUAACCCAUCUCAAUUUGAGAUAGAAUUCUUUGUUAACGAUCUCAGUAAACCGGGUGCAUCAACUUUUGAAUCUUUAGGCGGAUUAGAAUACAAACAAAAUGUUCAUAUACAAUUAGAAUGUGAGAGAAAACAAAUCCCCACGGAUGGGCUGGUUUUGCGCGGCUGGUACACAACUAUUACUUUAGCUGUUUAUGGUUCCUUGACAAAAUCUCUGAGCAACCCUCAAGAAAGUACCGGCCCCUCAGCUACAGUAGCUUUGCCCGUUGGGAGUUCAGAACCAGCAGCAGAAAGUGUUUCACAAGCUCCGGAGCCCCAGCCUGAUUGGUACUUUGAAAAUUCUGCACCAGUACCAACAGUUAAUCAAGAAACUAGUGCAGCUCAAGCACCAUCUCCGACAAUUCAGCAGAUUCAGACGGUCGAACCAACACAAAGAUUAACACCGGUAGAGCCUGCAAAACCAGAGCCAGCUAGAUGGAGCGGCGAGGAAGUUCAAGCAGGUGCCACCGCACCUCGGAAGCCGGCGAAGCGGCCAUCUUCACCGCCAUCCGAGUCUUUGGUUUCUUUGAGUCCCGAAUCAAUAUCAGCGGAAGAGGAAGAAGAUCGCGUAGAAAGAGAAGUAGAAGAGCCGCCUUCCGUGGCAGUAGAGCCGUUCGAGCCAAUACUUUCAGACGAAGAAUUGAUGGCUGACGACGUUCCAUCAACUUCCGUUGACUACCAAUGCGAAACCCUGCAAGGGGAUAAUCUUUAUGCUAUAAAACCUCCGGAACUGCUGGACUUGGAAAAAUUUCCAGCAAGUGUUUUUCAUGACGCGCAAAAUCAUGACGAAACAGCGUUGGAAAAAAUUCGGGAAAUUAUCCGUUCGCUAGUAAAAUCAACAACGAAUUUCAACGCUGCGCCAGGACAGGAGAAAGAGACGUUUGUACACAGCUGCGAAUCACUGUGCUCGCUCCUCGGUUCGGUCAAUCAAUUAGACAGCGAGGAUCUCCGCGAUUGGACAGAAAUAGUGAACGCUUCGUUAGAUCUCGAUCUGGCACGAGGUCAACCGCAGCCAGCUUACAAAGUCAGACACGUCAAAGUAGGCGUAAGACUCGCCGAAGCGUCGUGUUCUCUGGUCGGAGGCCCAGAGAUCUUACUGAAGGUAUCAGCUCCCAAAAAACUCUUGACUCUGUGCAUGCGUGAAAACGUAGCGUUGCCGGUGAAACUCGCAGCUCUUCGAGCCCUCGAUGCGUCUCUUCUCAGCCCAAAAAUCGUUGAAGAAUUUUUGAAAUCCGACAACAAUCUUUAUCGUCUUACGUUAGAAAUGUUGGACGAAGCAAAACUCGCGAGAUUGAAAUACGCUCUUACAUCGAUGCUUCGAAAAAUUCACGUUUACGAAUUACUCGAGGCAUCGCGAGACCCGAAUAACAUGAGUGAAUUAGCAUUGAACGAACUCACCCAAACUUACGUCUGCGCUCCGACUCUAAUGGCGCAACCUAAGAGACAGUUACCGGCGAGCAAACAGAUGGAAUUCGGACGUGAGCAGUCCAGAAAUCCACGAAGACAUCUGAUAGCAUACUUCGAGCAUCACGGCCUCGCACGCCGUCUUUUACUUGCUCUUACUUCUCCAUCUUCCGAUCGUGGACUCGUAGCAGCGACGCGAAAAUUCCUCAUGCGUCUUGCAAAUACGGGGGAAGGACUUUUGUAUCUACUUAGUCAGCCCGAAGUUUCGAGGUCGAUAUUACGAGCCAUGCGUUAUGAAAAACCUGGACCGGGGUGCGUCUUAGCUUGGCGUUUACAAGUGAUGCAAUGUCUCGUUCAGCUGAAAAAUCAGCAGCCUGGGAAUUCGUCGUUGUCGAACGACUGGUGGCUGCCGUUAAGGAAAUUGCAUACGUUUCUCAUUUACCCGGAAGGAUUACAAGCCGUUAUCGCAGUUUUACCUCUGAACGGUUUCAUCGAUUAUCUCAUGCCUUACUUGAGUGAUCCCGAUCUCGUGGAAUUCGCUGCUGAGAUAAUAUCCGUAACUGUGCGUUAUUCAGAGAGAGUCGAGAUUAUCCAAACGCGAGCCUCGGCGAUACUCGAAGAGGCUCGUAACAACGGCACGUUGAGAGACAUCGUGCCGCACUUAACUGUCGCUGGUCAAUCGUCUAAUUGGAAUUACGGUGACGUCACAUCUUUGGUUGGAACCGUGAGAAAAUAUGCCGAAAAAGCUGCCUCUUUGCCCGGAGAACUCUUGACCGCCUGUCGAAUCUUACAUUACCUCGUAUUUCCAUCGAACACCGAUAUGGAUCCUUUCGAGAGUUACCUCGAGCUCAAGCACAGAAACGCAUUGACUCAGUUAUUCGCAGCUGAUGGUUUGACCGCGCUCGUUUCCGUUCUCUCGAAAAUAGCCCAUUUCUAUGAACAGCCUCAUCUUCAUCGUGCGUCGCUAAACGGAAGAAGAGGAUUAGCUCUGAUUGCACUUUUGUUACCGUGUGUCAAACUCGUUCGCGCUCUGAUCGAACGUCUCGUAAAAUGUAUGGCAACGGAUUUUAAAGAUUUAACGGCCGUUGCUCCCUUGUUGGGAGUUUGGGCCCUCGUCGAGGCGAUCCCCGAUUCCAGUUCGUCGUUGAGAUAUCUUGCGGACGAGAUAGCCGAGACCCUGUUGGCCUUUACUCGCGCUGUCGAUUCGGAUGGUGCCGGAAACGUUGCGAAAUCAUUAUGGACGCAAAUGAUCGGUGAAGUAUUGAAAAUGAUAUCGGCUUGUCCAGCCAAUUUUGUACCGGGCUUGAGACUCUUGUCCCGUCUUCUGCCACCGAUUUUUCAGCUUGACGAAACUCAUCCGAACGAGGAAAUCACGAGAGCCAUGGGUCUGCGGAAAUUAUGGUCUGCUCAUCUUCAAGCACAAGUUACUAAUCUGACAGAAACUCUCUGCUUAUUGUGCGCCAGCUGGGACGAGACACUACUCAAUUUAUUGUCCAACGUGUGCAAACAGAUAAGCGAUUUGGCGGCACCGAGCGCUCUCGUCGUCGGACGAUGUCUCCUUGAUCGAAUCCUCGCCGCUACACCGCUCGAGAACAAUUCACCAGUUCUCGCUCUCCUCGCUGACCUGGCGAUGCACGCGCCUCUGAAAGCCACUCUCUUGACUCUUCUCAGUCCUACUUCCAGAGCUCAAGUGAAAUCCGAUCAAAAGUAUCCACCGGUCGUUGACACGAUGUGCGCAACACUCAAAACGACCAAUUUCAACAACGUGCAGCUCGAAAUUCUCGAUACUUUUAAUAUUCUCUGCGACGACAAGCUCAGUCUCGUUCAGGAUGAAAACAGCUCCGAACCUUUCGAAAUACGACUCACUCAUUCGGUCCCGAGCAAAGAUCCUCUCUUGUCCAUACUCGCCGCCCUCAUCGAUGUUUUAGCCAAUGCUCCAAAAUACUCGAAUGAUGUACUUGAGAGUGAUCUUCGUAUACUCGUUUCCCUGACGAGGCAUAAUUACGGAUUGUAUCACGUUAAAAGUUGUCUCGAAAACAAUCCUGGGGCUCUGAGAUCUUUGCUGGAGCACGUUUCCGGUAGAAGAUUGCAAAAGGUUGAACCCAUGGAAACGGAAUUCGAAGAUAAUGCAUUGGAAUCGUUAAUCGUAUCUUUCUUGGAAAAUCUUGUGUCUUGCAAAAAUGCAGAGCGUUCGUUGUAUCUCCGUGUGGCCCAGCUCGCCUCGCUACUUUCAUGGGACAAGAGCGGGCAACAUCCUCUGGAGAAAUUCAAAGGCGCCCAGGAGCUCGUUGAAAAACUUAGAACCAGCGUUGAUGGCAAAGAUGAAAAGGAUGCUGUGCCAGAAAUGCUCGAACCACUUUUACCUACGCCCGAUACGCUUCUCAAUCAAUUCUCACAAAGAUCACUUGGUCAUUACGGAAGAUAUUCUCGACACACGAGAAAACGGACUUUCGUUGAUUCCUCGACCACGGGAAACAACGAUGUGAACAAUACUGUCGAUCUUCUCGCUCUUGCCGCUGAACUUUUACCCACCGAUUUCAAUCUUCUUACCGAGGCUCAGUUGUUGUGCUCGCGCGUACCCCCCGACGAUUCGACUCAACCUAUUCAACCGAAGGGGCGAAACGAAGGACCUGAAGAUUCUAGGGAUUCACAGAAACAGACUAAUGUACCAACUGCCAAAACGAAACAGCCUUUUGUUACACCCAUGCGUGGAAGAGCUCAAUUUGUAAAUUCAAUGAGAAGUGGUUCAACGGCUGGCGGUGCAGGUCGAGGAGCGGAUCCCUUCAGGUCAAGGCCCCCGAACACUUCGAGGCCACCGUCCCUCCACGUGGACGAUUUUGUAGCAUUGGAAACAUGUGGAGCACAGCCAACAGGGCCGACGGGAUACAAUAAACUUAGUAUAAGAGGAACCUGUCCUCCCAGAGGAGUGAUUGCUGGCACGAGGUGUCGUUCGUGGGUUUCUGAGCCACGUUCUCCUUAUCUUCGAUGAGCCAAAUGCUUCCAAGUAUUUCGAAAUACUUUCCUUUUCUCUCAGUGUACAUUGAUCAUCUAAUGUUUCAAGGAUUUUAUGGAGAUCGAAACACGCGGCUGAAUUAAACAAAAGCUGUAAAAAAAAAAUUAAAACGUCUAUUACGCAGCACUUUUUGAUCGUGUCGCCGUUCAGUUUCUAUUUUUCGUUUACGAUUAUUAGUAUAAACACCUUUGUCGAAAUCUGUUGAAUUCGUUAGACGAUUAUUACGUUAUCAGAAUUUCAAAUCAAUAAAUUUCAAAUAAAUAAUGAA